GACCAGGGGCGGGCGGGUGUCUUGUUCUCCGGCUCGCGGGGCCGCCCCCGCCGCCCGCCCGGGCCUCAGUUUCCCCGGCCGCUCCGCCCGGGACCGUGGGGUGGCGGCGGGGGCGGGGAGGUGCCGGGGCCGCGAUGCCCCACCCCGGCCCCUGGGACGGUUGGCCUCCAGGGCUGCGGCUUCUUUGCGUAACCCCCGCAGCCUGCGUUUCCUGCUGCCCAGGGUCGGGGGCAGGGUGCACAGAGGGACUCCUGUGUUGGGUCACGGGGCAGGCAGACCCUUUAGGCGCUCGCUGGCUCUUCGCGGGUUGGGGGCACGGCAGGAGCUGGGGGUCUGUUUCCCCCCAGGUAGGUGGGUGUGGGGCUGGGGUACCCAAACGUGCCCUCGUGCGACGUGCCGUCUUGCAGACCCGCCACACGCUCAGCCAGGCCGGAUCGGAGCGGCCCCCAUCAUGGGCUGGGGAGCCGGCGGGAGCUGCACCCCGCGCCCACCCAUCCGCCAGCAGCCGGCACCCGAAACCCGAGUGGUCGCUGUGGUCUUCCUCGGCCUCCUGCUGGACCUCCUGGCCUUCACCUUGCUGCUGCCCCUGCUACCUGCGCUGCUGGAGCGCCACGGCCGUGUGCAGGAUCCUCUCUAUGGCUCGUGGCAGCGCGGGGUGGACUGGUUUGCUGCAGCCAUUGGGAUGCCAGCCGAGAAGAGGUCUGAUUGGCUCCGUCUUCUCCCUCCUGCAGUUCCUCUCGGCGCCCCUCACGGGGGCCGUCUCUGACUGCCUGGGGAGGCGCCCGGUGCUGCUGCUGUCCCUGGCAGGCUUGGCCACCUCGUAUGCCGUGUGGGCCACUUCGAAGAGCUUUGCGGCGUUUCUGGUCUCCAGGAUAAUUGGGGGCAUCAGCAAGGGGAAUGUCAGCCUCUCCACCGCCAUUGUCGCCGACCUGGGCUCGUCUCCCGCCCGCAGCAGGGGCAUGGCAGUCAUCGGGGUGGCCUUCUCUUUGGCCUUCACGCUGGGCCCCAUGCUCGGCGCCUCCCUGCCCGUGGAGACGGCGCCCUGGUUGGCCCUGCUCUUCGCGGUCUCCGAUCUGCUGUUCAUCUUCUGCUUCCUGCCGGAGACGCUGCCCCCAGAGAAGCGGGCACCGUCCAUCACGCUGGGGUUCCGAGCUGCUGUUGACCUGCUCAGCCCCCUGGCCCUGCUCUGCUUCUCAGCCGUGGCACGUGGCCCGGACCCGCCCAUCGGAGUCAGGCUGGGCAGCCUGCGCCUGCUGGGCCUGGUCUACUUCCUCUAUCUUUUCCUGUUCUCGGGCCUGGAGUUCACGCUGAGCUUCCUCGUGCACCAGCGCUUCCAGUUCAGCAGCCUAGAGCAGGGAAAGAUGUUCUUCUUCAUCGGCCUCACCAUGGCCACCAUCCAGGGCGCCUACGCCCGGCGGAUCAGCCCUGGCGGGGAGAUCGCAGCUGUGAAGCGGGUACGGGGGCUCCCCUGGGCGUGGGGGCAGGCAGCGCCCCGAGCUCUGCGGAGGCAGCGGGGUGGUCCUGAGACCGGCUGUGCCGCCCGCAGGCCGUCCUGCUGCUCGUCCCCGCCUUCCUCCUCAUCGGCUGGGGGCACACGCUGCCCGUGCUGGGCCUGGGGCUGCUGCUCUACUCCUUCGCCGCUGCCAUCGUCGUGCCCUGCUUGUCCUCCGUGGUCGCCGGCUAUGGCUCUCCCGGGCAGAAGGGCGUGGUCAUGGGCACGCUGCGGAGCCUGGGCGCCCUGGCCAGGGCUCUGGGGCCCACGGUGGCCGCCUCAGUGUACUGGCUGGCCGGGGCCCGGGUCUGCUACACCGUGUGCGCGGGGCUCUUCCUGCUCCCCUUCUCCCUCCUGCGGAAGCUGAGGUCUCCGGCAGGGACGCUCAAGGCCGAGUAGCUGAGCCACCCCUACCCCAGAGCCGGGCAGCUGACGCAGGGAGUGGGAGGCCUGAGCCAGGACGGCUCCCCGCCCCCCAGCCCGGGGCUCAGCCCGGGGAGGCCCAGGACUCGCACUUGUGCCUGUGACACUCCUAUGUGGACCUGCCUGCCGGGAUCAGACUCCAAAACCUUCCAGGCUUUCUGUUCACUUGUCUUUUAUACUCAGCGACACACAGGGUAUAUCAGCCAAGUCUCUGAAUGACCAAAUAAAGCAGCUGUUUUGUAUCAAG